AUGGCUGUGGCCUGCGCUGCCCCAGGGAGCAUCUUCUCUAAGCAGCUCCUUUUCUCUCUCCUGGUUCUGGCAUUAUUUUGCGAUGCUUGUCAGAAAAUUUCUCUUCAAGUUCCCUCUCAUCUUAAGGCUGAAACACUUGUAGGCAAAGUGAAUCUGGAGGAGUGUCUCAAGUCAGCCAGCCUAGCCCUGUCCAGUGACCCAGCCUUUAAAGUGCUAGAAGAUGGCACGAUUUACACAACACGCGACUUGCUUUUGUCUUCUGAGAAGAAGACAUUUUCCAUUUUGCUUUCUGACAGCCAGAGGCAGGAACAAAAAGAGAUAGAAAUUGUGCUAUCAGCAAGAGACAAAAAGGUUUUUAAAAGGAGGAAUUCCAAAGACACAGCCCUCAAGCGCAGUAAGAGGAAAUGGGCUCCGAUCCCAUGUUCACUGAUGGAGAACUCCUUAGGUCCGUUUCCUCAACACGUUCAGCAGAUCCAAUCUGAUGCUGCACAAAAUUAUACCAUCUUUUACUCCAUAAGUGGACCAGGAGUGGACAAGAAGCCUUUCAACUUGUUCUACAUAGAGAAAGAUACGGGGGACAUCUAUUGUACACGCAGCAUCGACCGUGAAGAGUAUGACCAGUUUUUGGUAUAUGGCUAUGCGACAACAGCAGAUGGCUAUGCCCCAGACUACCCUCUUCCCUUACUGUUCAAAGUUGAAGACGACAAUGAUAAUGCUCCUUAUUUUGAAACCAAACUGACAGUUUUUAGUAUACCUGAAAAUUGCCGAUCUGGAACUUCAGUGGGACAAGUGACUGCCAUAGACAAAGAUGAACCUGGAACUCUACACACUCGCCUGAAAUACAAAAUCCUACAACAAAUCCCAGAUCAUCCAAAGCAUUUCUCCAUACACCCAGAUACAGGCGUGAUCACGACCACCACACCUCUGCUGGAUAGAGAAAAAUGUGACACUUACAAGUUAGUCAUGGAAGUUCGGGACAUGGGAGGGCAACCUUUUGGUUUAUUUACCACAGGAACAGUUACUAUCUCUCUUGAGGAUGAAAACGACAACUCACCAUUCUUCACGCAAACUUCCUAUACUACUGAAGUUGAGGAAAACAGAAUAGAUGUUGAGAUUUUACGAAUGAUGGUACAAGACCAAGAUUUGCCAAACACGCCUCACUCGAAAGCGGUGUACACGAUCCUACAGGGAAAUGAAAAUGGAAACUUCAAAAUUACCACAGAUCCAAAUACAAAUGAAGGGGUCUUGUGUGUUGUCAAGCCGUUGAACUAUGAACUCAGCCGUCAAGUCAUUCUGCAAAUUGGAGUUCUUAACGAAGCCCAGUUCUCUAAAGCAGCCAGCUCCCAAACCCCUGCCAUGUGUACGACAACCGUCACUGUUAACAUCAAAGACAGGGACGAGGGUCCCGAGUGCCAGCCCCCCGUGAAAAUCAUUCAGAGCAAAGACGGCCUGCCAGCUGGCCAAGAUCUCCUUGGAUACAAAGCUCUGGACCCAGAAACAAGCAGUGGUGAAGGCUUAAGGUAUCAGAAGUUAGGAGAUGAAGACAACUGGUUUGAAAUUAACGAAUUGACCGGAGACUUGAAAACUGUAAAAAUACUAGACAGAGAAUCAAAGUUUGUAAAAAACAACCAGUACAAUAUUUCUGUCGUGGCGAGGGAUACAGGCGGCCGGUCCUGCACAGGAACAUUAGUAGUCCUUUUGGAAGAUUCUAACGAUCACCCACCCCAGAUUGAUAAAGACCUGACAAUCUGUCAGCAUGAGAAGGAUUAUGCUGUUUUGGAACCUGUAGAUCUAGAUGGGCCUGACAAUGGUCCACCCUUUCAGUUCCUUCUGGAUAAUUCUGCCAGCAAACUUUGGACAAUAGAGGCACAGGAUGGUAAACGUGCCUUCCUUCGUCAGCGACACAACCUCAAUUACAACUAUUAUUCUGUGCCUGUCCAAAUCCAAGACCGACAUGGUUUAUCUGCAAAACAUGUGCUCUCAGUGAGGGUGUGUGACUGCACAACUCCGUCGGAAUGUAGAAUGAGCGUUAAAGAGGAGAGGGAUGUCAAACCUUCCAACGUGAUACUUGGAAAAUGGGCUAUUCUUGCCAUGGUGCUGGGCUCUGCCUUGCUGUUAUGUAUUCUGUUUACAUGCUUCUGUGUCACUGCCAAGAGAACAGUAAAGAAAUGUUUUCCAGAUGACGUUGCCCAGCAAAAUUUAAUUGUAUCGAAUACUGAAGGACCUGGAGAGGAAGUGACGGAAGCAAACAUUAGAAUCCCCACACAGACAUCCAAUGUUUGUGACACAAGCAUGUCUGUUGGUACUCUUGGUGGCCAAGGAAUCAAAACACAGCAAAGUUUUGAGAUGGUCAAAGGAGGAGUUGGCCACCAGACCUUGGAGUCCAGCAAGGGAGCUGUACAGGGAGCCCCAGAUUCUGGCCGAUAUACAUAUACCGACUGGCACAGUUUUACCCAACCUCGGCUUGGUGAAAAGGUGUAUCUGUGUGGACAAGAUGAGGAACACAAGCAUUCGGAAGACUAUGUGCGGUCAUAUAACUAUGAAGGUAAAGGCUCCAUGGCGGGCUCUGUGGGCUGCUGCAGUGAUCGGCAGGAGGAAGAAGGCCUGGAGUUUCUAGAUCACCUGGAACCCAAAUUUAAGACAUUAGCAAAGACGUGCGUAAGGAAAUAA